UAUGUUGCAGUGGGGUCGUUCUUGCCUAUCGUCGCCCUUUUGAUAGGCACAGAUAUCUAUCUGUAUAGUCGACCUCACGCGUUCUCAGUCAAAGAAUUGAUUACUCCGAACGCCAAGUACUGCACCUUUUCCUUCAACAUUGGGCCUAUAUCUGCGAUCUAUAUGUCCAUCCCCAUUGUGUGCUAUGAUGUCCUCCUAGUUGCUCUUGCGGCUGCCACCCUCGUAAGACACCUCAAGGAACAAAGAGGAUACAACAUGAGGCCUAAUACCUAUAUGGUAAUGAUUGUCCGAUAUCAUAUCAUGUACUUUGUCCUGAAUUUGAUAAACCAAAUCUUAAUGGUGAUAUUAUGGGCUCACAUUCCAAUCUCGGGGAUGAGUCUCUCAGAGCUCUUCAGUGAUACGAUGCCAUUUAUUCUCGCUCCCCGUCUUAUCAUCAGCAUUUGGGACACGCAUGCCCAGGACGACUGCUUGCAUGUCAGUACAACGUUCGAGGAUUGUUUAUGUUUGACUUCGCCGCCGAGGUUCGAGCAACACGAGAUGAUCACUGACAUCCCAUUAACCCGGCACACUGGGGUGUCUUGCGAGAGUGUACACCACGAGCAAUGUUGAAAAUAUAGGUCGAACUAGCAGGGGUGACCCCAUCUGCUGCUGCGGGAGUUCAGCGGCGGAGGUUCGGGCUUUUGGCCGG